AUGAAAGUAUUAGUCGUUGAAGACGAAGUUAGUUUAGCGUCGUUUAUCAAAAAGGGGCUGGAAGCCGAAUCGUUUAGUACCGACCUCGCCUAUGACGGCUACGUUGGCAAACAGCUCUUCCAGAAAAACGAGUAUGAUGUCGUCAUUUUGGACGUGAAUCUACCGUCAAUGAAUGGGUUUGAUCUUUGCCAGUUCAUCAAACGAGAAAAUGAACGAACUCCAGUCCUAAUGCUCACCGCGCUGGACACCCUGGAAGAUAAAAUCCGGGGAUUCGACGCGGGGGCGGAUGAUUAUCUACCCAAACCCUUUGCCUUCAAGGAAUUGCUGCUCCGACUUCGGGCCAUCACCAAACGUCACAUGCUUCGUCAUUCAACGGUGUUGCGACUAGCUGACCUGACCCUGAACAUGGAUACCAAAGUUGUUAUUCGGGCUGAAAAGCGUAUCGAGUUAACCUCCAAAGAGUUUGCGCUACUGGAAUAUAUGCUCCUGCAUAAAGGCAAAGUCAUUUCCCGCGCCGAACUGGCCGAACGGGUCUGGGAAACAGAUUUUGAUUCCAAUACCAAUGUCAUUGAUGUGUAUGUCAAUUACUUACGUAAGAAAAUAGACAAAGAGUUCCCGGCUAAACUCGUGCAUACGGUGAUCGGCAUGGGGUACUCCUUACACGAAUAA